AUGGAUUACUAUGCGCAGGGUGCUGCCUAUGUGGGUCCUGGUCGCAUGCAGGCAAUGCCGCAGGUCCAGCAGCAGCUUGCCGCGCAGCCGGCAAACGAUGAAGUCGUCGCCAGUCUGGUGCAGGACUUGCAGAAGGGCGACGAGCGCGAGACGGCAUUGCUAGAGCUGUCAAAGCGCAGAGAACAGCUGCAAGACCUUGCGCCAAUCCUGUGGCAUUCAUUCGGGACAAUCGUGGCGCUCAUUCAGGAAAUAGUACAGAUUUAUCCGCAGCUGGCGCAGCCGCCCACGUUGACAGCAACUGCAUCCAACCGCGUCUGCAACUCGUUGGCCUUGUUGCAAUGCGUUGCCUCCCAUCCAGAGACGCGGCCUUUGUUUCUGAAGGCGCAGAUUCCGCUGCUGCUGUACCCAUUCCUGAACACGUCCAGCACGGAGAGGCCCUUUGAGUACCUUCGACUGACGUCGCUCGGGGUGAUCGGCGCGUUGGUGAAGGUUGAUGAUCAAGAAGUCAUCGUCUUCUUGCUCAACACUGAGAUCAUUCCGCUUUGCCUGAGAAUCAUGGAGAGUGGCAGCGAGCUUUCCAAGACGGUUGCUACAUUUAUCGUGCAGAAGCUCCUUCUUGAUGAUUCAGGCCUGUACUACGUUUGCGAAUCUGCGCAUCGCUUCUAUGCGGUUGCAAACGUGCUUUCCAAGAUGGUGGGCGUUUUGGUGCAAAGCCCUUCGAUACGCCUGCUAAAGCAUGUGGUGCGGUGCUACUUGCGCCUCACUGAUGACGCUCGAGCCAGAGAGGUGCUUAGGCAGUGCCUGCCUGAGGGCCUGCAGUCGGAUCCGUCGCUGAAGCGCCUGCCGCACUCCAUCAGCCAAAGCCUGGAAGAGGAUCCGACGACCAAGCGCUGGCUUGGCCAGCUGCUGACGAAUCUAAACUAUCGAUAA